AUGCAUCCAUGGCAUGUAUUCGAAAACGUAGCAAACGCAAUUCGUCAAAACCAAGAUAUUGACCCUGUCUCGCCAGCAGUCCUAAAGUUUCCAAACCGUCGGGCGGUUGCCAUGUACGCAAUUUUCGAGAAUCUGUCCCGGAAACUUUACAAGUCGUACAAUGCAAAAGGGUGGCCCGCUGGGCUCCAAAGGAGAAAGUUUAAUGAGAAGCUAGUAUCGAAAUUCCGUUAUAGCAAGCUUCUGGACACCAGGAUCUGGCGUCAACAUGUCCUCCAAAAGAUGUACAAAAUCGAAAUCGCCGCAUGGACCGUCGGUAAAAACACAACGCCUCUAAGUCGACUGGUCCAGUAUGGCGAGUUUCUCGCGCGUUUGGCGGUCAUCGUUGGCCCUGGUCUCCUUCUAUGUAAAAACGGCAAAAACGGCUUCUCGGUUAACACCUUCCAGAGAAUGAAAGAAAAGGAGAGGGUAGCCCUCUGGCAGCGGCUUACUGCCGACCCUGAGCGCACAGCAUCGGCACGGCGCAUCUUGGCUGACCAGGCUGUGUCACAGCAGACCUAUCAACUGCGGAACUAUAUCUCGUUCACCGCCAUACCACUUGCCAAAUUGCUGGAGCGUGUGAAGCGCUUUCCUCCGCCGAAGGAAUUGGAUUAA